AUGGCAGACGAUUUUAAAUUGAUAAAAGAGGAGAUAAUUCACACUACAAGACGGUGGGAACAUUUUAAUAAAAUUAUGAAAGAAUUACCAAAUCCAAUGUUUGGUGUUCCUUUAGUUCAAUGUGAGUUGAAAAAAAUCGAAUUUUUCCAAAAAAUAUUCGUAUUGUGAAUGUGAAUGCAAAAUUUUGUGAGUCUCGGAAAAUGUCUUCUUUUCAUUGAAAAUUAAUGAAAGGCCGAUGAAUUAUUUGGUUUUCUCUUCCUCGGGUCUACACUGGCAUUAUUCAUUUCUUCAAUACCAAAAAUAAAAUUAAAUUUUCAGUUGGUGAGCCACUGGUAACAGAUUCUGACGUUGUCGAUAAAAUAGUGUCGAAUGAACUGCUUUUGGAUCGAAAAACGCAGGUCGAACUCUAUUUGAGAAGAGAGGAAGAGAAGAAAAAAAGAGAGCUGGAAACUAGACAACUUUACGAACCAAUAAAAAAAGAAGAAGUUCCAGAAAAAGAAGAAGAAGAAGAAGAACAAAUGUUGAAGACUGAGGAGAUUGAGAGUAUUGCUAUGCAAUAUUUUUUAGCUGCAUUUAAAAAAGGGUAAGUUGUUUUUUUUUUAAUUGGGUGGUAAUUUUAUUAGUUGGUAAUUUUUUAGUUUAGAUAAUUCAGUUAAUUUUUAUAGAGGAAAAAAGUUUGUUUGUCUUUGUAAUACGAAACGAAAAAUAAUUGGCUUGUAAAAAAGCUAAUUUUGGGAAAGUUAUUGAUUAUUAUAAAAAAAUGAUUCACCAAGAUUUUUAAAUUAAUAUAAUCUUUGUACUUUUACAACAAUACUCUGACGUAUUUUGUCAGUAUUUAAAAAAAAAAAUUAUACUAAUUCGUCAUAAUGUAAGAAAUUCCUUCAUUACGUUAUUUUUCAGUUUGAUGUGAAAAUAGUUUUUGAAAAUUAACUAAUAAAAGUUUUGAUUCCGAAAAUAUCUUAACUUUGCUGACAACAUCACAUUUUUCAUUUAAACUCCUCAAAUUUUAGGAUAAUAACCAAAUCAAUGUAUAAAGAUGGAAUGCGUCAAGUUGUGAAAAGAUCCAAAAAGUUAAGCUGGAAAGAAGAAGAUAUAAGAAAGCAUUGUAUCGAACGAAUAUCUUGCACAAAAGAAUUUUUGGCAAGAUAUGACGCGGCUGCUGAAAAUAACGAAGCUUCAAGUUCAUCAGUUUCAUCAUCAGAUACAACAAAACGGUCAUCAAUCUAA